CACAAAAGGCCAAAGAAGCAAGUGAAGAAGAGUUUGAGGGACAAAUAGAUCAAGAAGGCAACUCUAGCGUCACCAUACAACCAUUUUUCAAUGAAAAGGUUGUAUUUCACAACCUCGAGGAUUUGAAUCUUCAGAGAUUAGAUAACCUGAAAAAGAUAUGGCACAACGAACUUCCAGUAGAUUGCUUUAAUCAACUAGAUGUUCUAACUGUGCGUAAAUGUAACAAUUUGUUAGAAGUUGUACCAUCCAAAUUACUCCCAAUGCUACACAAUUUGGGCAAGCUUGUUGUAAGAGAAUGUGAUUUAGUGGAAGAGGUCCUGGAACAAGGAGAAGAUUCUUCAGGAAAACUU